CCCUCGCUCUCUGUGUGCAUCUCUCUCCCCCUCUGUUUGAUUGUGCCUGUACCGACCGCAAAAAAGUGCAAGUCGUCUUGACAGAGGAGAGGGAGAGAGGGGGAGAAAGAAAAGGGGGAGAGAAGGGGGUGGGGAAGGCAGCCGUACGCAUCAAUUUGUACAGUCCUCGUCGGCACCCCGCUUUCCUUGCGCCGACCAAAGAAACAGAAAAAAUCUGCAGUAUUCGCGGCGCCGCUACAAUGUGAUUCAGUGUGUGUCUAUGUGCUUGCGUGUUUAUGUGAGUAUAUGUCAACGUACAGUGCAAACGAGAGACAGAAAGAAAGAGUGGAAGGGAGAGGGAGAGAGAAAAGGGACACGCAUCGCUGGAUAUCAUAGGUUUUUAAGAAAAAAAAAAGCCCAGCCCUCCUUGAACCACCAGGUCCCCAAUUUACGUCUUGUAAUGGCUAGUGGGAAGAUAUGGACAGCAUAGAACGUCAAAAAUGAAAACUCGAACUCACAAAGAAUCGAUGCCCAUGCGCAGUGGGCGUAGACGGGGGGGCAGUGAGGAGAGGAGGGGCAGACGUCCUCACCCCAGCCCCUCUCGUGCUGAACGAAGUGACAGGCAGACGAGAGCUUCUGGAGAAGAUUUGGCUAGUGGACGUGUCAAUCGCCGAUCCCAAGGCCAUGACUCAUCAGAGAGUGAGGGAGAGGGACUUGUGCCCCCACCAAAAAGACAGAAAGUGCAGGAUUCCUCCUCCUCUAACCCCCCAACUUCGACUCAUCCAGUUGACACCUCUACCACUGUUCCACCCCCACCCUCCGGCACCAGCCAAUCGCGGGAGAGUGAUAAUGAAGACGGCCAAUCACAGGGCAGCCGAAGCUCAGUUGGUGGGAGCCUAGCAAACAGUAGCAGCAGCUUGAGCAGUGGGCGGGACAUUGACCAGGACAACCGUUCUUCCUCUCCCAGUCUUUCCGCGUCCCCUCUGGCCAGUUUGGAUUCUGAAUCUGACUCCCCUGACUCACCAAAACAGGGAGACAGGGGAAGGGAGGGAGCCGCGAUGAAAUCGGGAGGGGAUGAGAGGAGAACGGCAGGAAGGGGAGAAGAGACUGGAGGCGGGGAAAGGAGGGAUGGGGAUGGAGGAAAGGAGGAUAGCCAGGUCCUAAAACCUUCCUCGUCUCUGGCUCCCUCUCUUCGCGGAGCAGGGGAUUCAGUAAACGACAACAGUAGCAGGAAGUCCUACUUUUCUCUGGACUCGAAACUUUUGAACAAGAUGGACUACCCGAGUACUGAGACCGUGCACGGCGGCAACCGGAGCAGCUCCAAAGCUAACGCUCAGUGUGUGUCCAAGGGGGUAGUGGGUGGGGCGGAGUACCCGCAUGUUAACCCUGGCGGCCCCCAUCCUCCGGCCUUGCCUCCGCCCCCUGCUCUGAAGCCUUUGGAACUGGGGCAAAACCUACAGACGGACUCCAAGACGGACAAGCUAGAGCGGGGCGACAAAGCUGUGGACAAAACGGCUCCCCCUUCUCUGCUUCCCCAAAUCACCCCACUGUCCCAACCGGCACCCCCACCCCACUCACACCAUUACAGCCCCACUGGAUGGUCAGGAGGGGGAGGCACCUCGGGCCCCGGGAGCUGGGGGUUCUCUCGUUACCCCGGUAACCAUCACUCACAACAGCAGCAUCCCCCGGUGCAGCAGCAGCAGCUGCCGUCUGUCUACAACCCCCCUUCCUCUCGGCACUCUUCCCAUCCUCCGUACCUGCCCCACCCCCACAGGGAGUACCUCCCCAGGUACGCAGCUGGGGACAGGGAGAGGGGGGUUGAGAGGGAGAGAGGGGUGAGGGAGUUUGGUGGGAGAGACAUCAGUAGGGAAUUUUCUGUCAGCAUCAGCAGCAGUGGUGCCAGCAUAAGUAGCAGCACUAGCAUAAGCACCUGCGGCAUCGGAGGUCCGAAUGGGAACCAAGGAAGGGACUUUGGGAGCUUGACAGUCGGCCAGAGCCGAGACUAUUCUGGACUGAGCUCGCAGGGUUCUGGGAGGGAGGGGUCUGGGUCAGGAGCUCGUGAUUUUGGGCCAGGCUUUCCAUCCAGAGAGAGGGACAGGGAAAGGGACCGAGAAACAGGAAGAGAGUUCAGCCUGCAGAAUCAGAACCAAGCACCGACGCGUGAUUUUGGCUCUGGUGCAGGUGGCCAUCCAAAAGAGAAAGAGGGUAGGUGGGGGGAGUUUGCAGGCCAGUUGAGGGAGACAUCGGGAAACAGCAACCCGAGCAAUAACAAUACCCCCUCUGGUAACAUUGCCACACCCACAAGUGGGUUACCUCCGAACCCGCUGCUUAACCGUGAUGCCCCUACUUCACCCCAAAACGGCAACCCUAACCAUCCUCCCCCUCCUUCGCUGGCACCCCUUCCUCAGCCCCCGGCCUCCUCGAACAGAGACUACCCGCCUUCCAUGGACUUCUCGCUGCAACAGCAACAGCAGCCACAGCUGCAGUCUUCUCAAAACUCCUCCUCCUCUGGCACAGACACCCUCGCGUCCCACUUUCUGAGAGAAUACCCCCCAACAGGGGCGAAAGAGUACCCCCCAGCUGUCCCCCCCUCCUCUGUCCCCCUCCCAGCCCCAACCAGAGAAUACCCCAGCCCCACCAGCACAGGGGUCAGCCUGGGCCGAGAUUAUCCAGGAGGGUCUCAGUUGCCCCUCUCCUCCCAUCCACACUACCCCAACCAGACAGCCCCGCCGCAGCCCAGAGAACGGGAAAGGGAGCGAGAGCGAGAGAGUGGCUCAUCAGCUCUCUACUCGAAUCGCGGCAGCCAGCCACCGUCCCUCUCUCCCUCCUCUUCCUCCUGUCACCCUCGACCUCCCUCUGCCCCUUACCCCGCCCCUCCUCCGCCUCCUCUCCCACCUCCGUCCUCCCUCUCACAGCCCCUCCCCCCAUCUAAUCUCGGGGCCAAUCACACACGCCCAGGAACAUAUCAUUCCACCAAUCAGAACCUGACUCCUCCGACUCCAUUGUCCCCUCUCCCCAGCCCCUCAGCCAAUCAGAUGCCAGGAUUUUCCACUUUCCCAUCAACCUCCUCUUCCACAGCUACCACUCCACUUCCUGUAUCGGGCACAGCCACCACCUGCAGCACAGGGUUCAGACCUUCCCCUUAUCAUAGCAAUUUAAGUGGCCACACCCCCUUUAGCUCCUCCUAUCACACUAAUGGAAACAAUGCAAACAACCUUGCAAAUAACAGCAGCAAUAGCGGUAGCAGCAGUAGUCACAGCAACAACAGUAAUAGCAAUAGCAACACUCACUCUCACUCCCUUUCCCCCCAAAACAAUCAAAACAACUCAAAAAUCCUUCCAUCACUAGGAAACCCUGGAAAUAGUGUUUCAGUCCCUCCCUCCAGCUCGUCCUCCCUUCCUGGAGAGGGGCUCACUGAUUCGUCCACAGCCCCCCCACCUCCACCUGUCAUCAAGGAGGAGCCAAUGGAGCCAAUGGAAAGGGAGGAGGCCGAGAGCCCACCUUCUACCCUGAGAAGCCCCUCCCCAGAGUCUAAGCCAGUGGAUAUACCGAUCCACGCCAGCCAAUCAGCACGGUUCCACAGGGUGCUGGACAGGGGCAGUGGGAACUCCUGUGCCCGCAGCGAUGUCCUUUUCGUCCCCCUCGACGGCUCCAAGCUCUGGAAGAAGAGAAAUGAGGCUAUCGAGCGAGCCAGGAGAGAGGUGGAGCAGAGAGCCAGGGACCUGAGAGAGAAGGAGAGGGAGCGAGAGAGGGAGAAAGAGAGGGAGCGGGAGAGGGACGUGGAGAGACACCUGCAGAAGGACAAUAACAGUAGCUCUAGUGGAGGGGGGCGCUCAGCCUCGUCUCUCUUCUUCCCCCCGUCUUCCUCCAUACUGUUAGACCCCUCCUCCUCUUCCUCCUCCGCUGCCAGCAACCCGGCCGCCCACCCUCCCCCGCAUCACCACCACCCCUCCCACCACCCACCCCACUCCCACUCCCUCCACCCCUCCCACCCCCUGCACCCCUCUCUCUCUCACUCCCUGCUCCUGCCCUCCAUGGGGGGUGCCUCAGCGGCAAUGGGCACCCCCCAGGGAGCUCUAGGGGUAGGUUUAGGGGGGCCUUAUCUGGGUCCAGACACCCCUGCGCUGAGGACGCUGAGUGAAUAUGCCCGUCCUCAUGCCAUGUCACCACUGGGCGCUGCCAGCAGAGCUCAAGGCCACCACCCCCACCUGCACCCCCAUGGCCAUCCACACGGUCACCCCCAUGUCCACCCGUCCUUCUUCUUGCCCCAGUUCCAAAACCCGGCGCUGGGCCAUCCCCACCACUUGCCCACUGAUGCCGCCACGGCGGCUGCCAUUUUGGGCUUCUUGUACGGGGGUGGUCUCGAAGGGGGCCCUGGGGUCGGAGGUCACGGAGUGGGUGGCCCAGGGCCGGGAGGGAUGGGGGGAGGCCUUGGAGGCGUUGGUUUCCCUCACACAGUGGCACACAGGGAUCGGGUAAAACCGGGGUUCGAGUUUAAGAGCGAGGAACGGGUGUACCAGGCCAGCACCAUCACAGACCCCGCACUCUCCCUCUCGCACUCCCACUCCCACUCGCACUCUCAUGCUCACUCCUUACUCCUCGGAGGGGGUGCGGGCGGAGCGGCGGAAGUGUCUUUAUACGGCACCCCCCCUCCGCCGGCUCCACCCCCACCCCCUCUCCAAAACCCUGCCCUCGCUCCAGCAAACCGCAACCCUAACCCAGCCCCCCAAUCUCUAUCUGCUCCUCCUCCUUCCUCCCUCCUCCCUCCCUCUCUCUCCUCCCACCCGCCCCCCGCAGUAGCCCCAGCCCCUCCCGCCCCAGCUCCACCCCCUCCUCCCUCAUCCAAUCCCGUGUCCUCUCUCCAUCAUCCCUCCGUGCAUUCCUCCUUCCCCCACUCCCUCUCCUCUCACCCUCAGCCCGCUCCAGCUCCGGCCGCCCCCCCUGAAACCUACCCUCCGCAGCCUCGGUCCCCCGCCGUGGCCGAGAGGGAGAGGAGCGGAGAAAGGGAGAGGGACAGGACGGGGCCACCUGCCGGGGAGAGGGAGCGAGAGAGGGAGCGGGAGAGGGAGAGAGGAGGGGAGUCCCUGGGGAGGCUUCAGAUGUUGAACGUGACGCCGCACCACCACCAGCACUCGCACAUCCACUCUCACCUCCACCUGCACCAGCAAGACACAGCAGCGGGCGGGGUGCACCCCCUGAUGGACCCGCUGGCGUCAGGGUCCCCCCUUUCCCGACUGCCCUAUCCGGGGGCCGCUCUGGGACCCCCCAUCCUGGCACACCCCCUCACUGACAGUGAGGUUCUCCGUCAGCAGCUCUUUGGGGCCCCAUUCCGCGACCUGCCCCAGCCCUCGUCCCUCUCGGGCCCCAUGUCAGCGGCCCACCAGCUGCAGGCCAUGCAGCAGGCCCAGAACGCAGAGAUCCAGAUCCAGAGGCUGGCGCUGGAGCAGCAGUGGAUCCAUCACCACCACCACCACUCCCUCACACAGGACGAGUACUACAGCCACUUGAAGAAAGAGAGCGACAAGACCCUGUGAGGGAGCAGAGAGGGGG